GACUUAGCUUCCUAAGAAUCACUAAAAGUAAAUUGAAGUUCCAUAGGGGUGCACCAGAUCUUGUCUGAUUUUGAAGAGAUGAAUCGCCAGCUGGGAGUCUGAUUGUAUAAUGACAACUCUGCAUCACCUCUUCCAAGCCAAAUAGAAGGGCUAAAGGUCAGCGAUGCAUGUUGAAGCGGUUCCAAUGCUGGUGACAAAUCCUGCAAUCCACUGUCCCAAAAUAUCUCACAGAAUUCCACCUGAACCAGCCGGUCCUAGGUUCCCAUUAGAAGCUCCAUCGAGGUUAAACGUCAACAAUCCCCCAACGGGGUUUCCAUCGAUGUUAAUAGUAAUGCGGUUGGCAAGCUGGAAUCUAGAUUUGGGAAGAAGUCAUGGAGAAUUCCAAGCUUUGUGCCACAUUUUCUUCACGGUGACAAGAGAGGGAGGGGAGAGAGCAACAGUUGCACCUUUAAAAGAGGUCGUGGAUCUACUUAAAAGCUAUGUUUUAAGAGCUAUGUUUAGGAUUUCUGCUUUAAGAGUAAAUUCGUGCGUUCUACUUAUAAUAUUUUUAAUUUAUGAGGUAUCUUGGCUCAUUAUGAGUUUUUAAUGGCUUAAUAAUGAUUAAACUAUUAAAAUGUGAACCACUAACUAUAUUGGUUCAUAUGAUAAAAUUGAUUACAAUAUAUUUAUUUCAUGACAAUUAAAUCAUUUCUAACCACAUGAUGUAUAGUGAAUCGAAAGAAUUUUUUUUUUGUGUUGUAGUGAAAGGAACUCACUAGAUUAACCCAAAGCAUAAUCCAUCAAUGGAUGUGCAUUUAUGGUUAUUAGGGAGCACUAUUUUGGAAAAUGUCCAAGUUGAACUAUACACACACUCUAAGACCGAUGAAAUUCAAUAGUCUAGCUGCAAAUACUAGGUAUCAAUAAACACACUUUGUAAAGGUACGAAGUUGUUCUAGCAAGGCCAUAAUUGUUAUGUAAUAAAUCUCGCCAUAGAUAAUGAAAACAUACAUUAUUGAUCGAUUAAUCUCUAGACGAAGUUAUAUGAGUUGAUCAUAUUAUCUAAUGUAAUAUCUAUUUAUUAGUCAAACCUUUUCCGGAUUCUUUUUUUUUAGCUAAACCUAUUGAAAUACUAUUUAUUAACCAAACGUAUUGUAACCGAUCAAAGUAUUAGCUAUCAUUCUGUUACCUUUAACUAUUUUUUAACAAUACUCCACCUCAGCGUCCACCUUAGAAAUGAAAAAAAAAAAACGUUUUCUCAUAUCAUUAAAGAAAAAUAAUUAGAAAUUAAAAACCUUCAUUGGCCCUGCAACUCCAUCGCUUCUUCUUCCUCUAUUCUCCGCCUCCGCCUCCACACCAUCAAACCUAUUCCCAUUAAACCAACCUCCAUCGCCCAACCCCACAUGCCAUCGCCCUCGUCCGCCCAACCCUGUCGUCGAAACUAAGGAGGACAUUGAAGCCAUCGCCCACUGUCGAAUCUGGAAAUCUAGAUCUAUGACUCGAAGAACAAAAAAACAAAAGAGGUGUUUUGGGGAAUCGAGUUCAAUGUGGGGUUGGGCGCCAGAACGGAGCAGGACUAGGAGGAUUGCUUGGACUGAUUCUGUCGCUGGUGCUGGUGCAGGAGGAUUGGAGGAAGAUGAAGAGGUUUCAGCAACCUUCUCUAAUUGGGCUUUCGAUUCUGACAACGGUUUCCCCCAAUUCUCAAUUGGAGAUUUGGGCUUGGAUAGCGUUGAGGGGUUUACCCUAUGCCCCAACAACGGCGACGACGACCAGAUAAGUGAGAAAUAGGGCGGGUGAAGGGUUCGUCGCCACUGGAUGACGUUCCUCGAUGGCGCUACCACCACCGCCACCGCACUCUCUCUAGUCUCUAAUGGGCUGCAACGAAGGCGGGGGAGGGAGAUGCAUGCAGUGUAGCGGAAAUCAGAUUCGGAGGGGUUUGGCGCAAACCAAUCAGAAGAGGGUUGCGAUGAAAGAAAUCAGAGGAGUGGGGAGUAGUGAGAGGCGGUGGGGUAAGUAGUGAGAAGGGAGGGGGAGAAGACGUGAGGGGUGGGAUCUUGUUUUUUUUUUCUUUAUUUUUAUUAAUUCUUUCAUAAUUUUUUAUUGAAAAUAGAAGAUGAUGGUAUUCUGACCGCCACAGGGGAAGCGAACUCAUCAUGUCAUGCUUAGUCAGUAUUACUAAUAGAGAAGUUGACAGAGAGUUAACGUUUGGCUAAUUAUUAGGAAUUCAAUAAGUUUGGUUAAUAAAAAGGAAUUCAAAAAAUAUUUGGUUAAUAAAUAGUCAUUACCCUAUUAUCUAAGUGAUAACAAAUGUAGGGCCCCAAGAGAUUAAUUAAAGCAUCAAAGGGAAUAGACACGUGACUUAAGACAAACCAUCAUGGUGGUAACUCUACCUAAUAGGAUUGACAUACCCAACCUCUAGGUUCAAUGAGAUAAGUCCAAGUGUCCAACAAUAAGGGUAAACUUAAAGAUGAAAGAAUUUUAAUGGUUUCUAAGUUUGACACGUGAUGUGAUCAACUAAUGUAUUUUCGGAAUAUAUAUUUAGAAAUCACCUAUAUGAGUGUUAAGUAGAGCCAUUUCAGGGAGAAUAAUAAAAGACACGUUCUCUAAACACUCAUGAGACAAAGUGGUGUUCAUAGCUAAAACAAACACAACAAUGAGACCAUUGGACGUAUAAGAGUUGGUUGAGUGACAUAUAUUGUCUAAGUAUACAAUUAAAAUAGAUGGCUUGAAGAUAUCAUAUCUACCUAUUGGUGAGUACACUCGAUAUAUGUUCACUAAGGAAGGUUUAAAGGAAACCCCACAUAUCUCGAUGCAAUUAGUUCUUAGUUGAGAAUCACACUGUUUUUUCAUAACUUUGAAAUAUCUCAUUGGUGAGAUGUGAGAAGGUAGCUCCGAUCUUUAAUUUGGUCUAUUUGAUCUUUAGAUACUCCGCCAGACUGGUUUCUGUAACCAACCUAAAUCUAGUUAUGCCUUAACCAAGACAAACCAAGAUGAUGGUUAUAGCAGUUCAACCGCCAUUGAACGAACUAAUGCAAUGGUUAGCGCUCAACCACCCACAGGAAGAGUUGCCUCCCUUCGCACGCAUCCCUCCAUUUUAUAUAAGUAGCACAAACCCCCUCUAGUUUUAUAUGAGAGAGAAGAGAAGUUUUUCAACAAUUUUUAUAGGUACUGAAACUCUGCCAAAAUCGAAACUUGUUAAUUGCAUUCUUUCUAGAAACAAAAAACUAUGUCAGUGUUGGUCUUGCUAAUUCAUUACAUUAGUUGUUUUCGGAGUUUGAAGUACAGUUCCACCGAAAAAUAUACGACCUUUCUAUCCUGGAAGGAAUUAUUAAUUUUUUGUUGGUAAAAGAAAGACACAAAGCUUCUUUAGUUCAUAUUAUAAAUAGAUCGCUCUUGGGUAACACCCAAAAUAUCAUAAGAAAUCCAAUACAUAAAC